AUGGCAUCCAAUGCACCAGGUGCUUGUUGCACUGUUGGCACACUCCACGAGGGCACUCCAACAGGGAAAUCCGUCCAGGUUGGUGGGAAAAUCGAGGCAUACUUGGCCCUUCCCGCUGAAAACGAGGCUUCGCAGCGAGCUGUCUUGUAUCUUCCAGAUAUCAUUGGAAUAUGGCAAAACAGCAAGCUCAUGGCCGAUGCAUUUGCUCGCCAGGGCUACGCAUGCCUAGUCCUCGAUCUGUUCAAUGGUGAUCCGGCACCGUUAAACAUGCCGGAGGAUUUUGACAUCAUGAAGUGGCUGCAGGAGGGCACUGGCGGGAAGAACCCACACACCUCAGAGACAAUUGACCCAAUAGUCGUCUCCGGCAUCAACUACCUAAAAGGCCUUGGUAUUACGAAAAUUGCAGCAGCAGGAUAUUGUUUUGGGGCUAAGUAUGCCGUGCGUCAUUACAAGAGCGGGAUCCAAUGCGGUUUCAUUGCCCACCCGUCCUUUGUAGAAGCGGAUGAGCUCGCUGCCAUCACCGGACCGCUGUCGAUUGCUGCAGCAGAGUUUGAUGACAUCUUCCCAACAGAGAAGCGACAUGAAAGUGAAGCUAUUCUCGCUCAAACGAAGCAGAACUACCAGAUCAACCUGUUUUCUGGUGUUCACCAUGGCUUUUCCGUUCGCGGUGACCCGAAGAACGAAAAGGAGAAGUUCGGAAAAGAACAAGCUUUUUAUCAAGCGGUAUCUUGGUUCAACAGAUACUUGGAAGCCUUAGGAGUCUAA